AUUCAACAGUAGCUAAGCUUUUCAAUAGAAAAAAUAUCAAUAUUUACUAACAAUCAUGGGUGUCAGUUCCACUUUUAACUGAUGACCUAACAGGGUUUACCAGUUACAACGGUUUGUUAAACCCGGACACCAAGAGUAACACGCAAUUACAUUAACAAUUAAAAAUAAAAGACUUUAUUGCAAAUACCAAGGCAUCAAGUGAAGCAAUUAUAAAAAUCAAUGUGUUAUUGUGGAGGCUCUAUUUUUAAAAACAUGCGUAGUAUUUUUAACAGGCCUAAAAUAGGUUUGGAUUUAGUUAUUUAUUUAAAUUAUGUAGGGAUGUUAUUUUCAUACGUUAGAAAAACUAAUAUCUGAAAAUUGGUAAGUAGAUAUUAAAUCGCUGAUUUAGUUAUAGUGAUUUACAGUUGGACUAUACUGGACCUGAAUCUUGACCUAGAUUAGAAAGUAACAAGAAUUUAUAAAAGUUGAAAGCACAUAAUAAAAAAAAUCACACUUUUUUCAUUUCAGAAUAAUAACUAAAAAACUGUUCAGAAAACGAUUUUUCUCUUUAUGGUCGGUUUUGGCAAUUCUGUUCAAAAACAUUAAAUAAACUCUGUACAAAACAUUACUGACCUGACACUGUAGUCUUUUUAAGUCUAUAGUUUCACCACCGAACCCUAACAUCAAUUCGUUACAACUUGUCAUAAAUAAAACCACGGAUCUCCGAUAUAAAAUAAACAAAGUAAAUCCCACCAUAUAUGGCCCACGCACACACACAUCACGCUUCAGUAAUUAGAGUAUCAGUAAUAUCGAUCGAGCUAUUGAGUAACCACACACACAUACAAACAUUGUGGAAUCUUCACUAAUAGUACUGUCAAAGGUUAGGUCCGUGAGCACAAUUUUGAGUAACUUAGAGUAGUGAACGAAUUUACUUCAUAUAAAUAGGAUGCAGCAACGGUGAUAUGCACAUUCGUUGAUCAUCCCGUGGUAGCACAACAGCUUUUAAUAUGAAGCUGUUCAUCAUCUUAUCCGUCAUAGCUUGCAGCUAUGCUGACAAAUUGGAUAGGACGUACUUGCCUCCUGCAAGUGCGGGGACUGCUGGCGGUAGCCCAGGAGCUCUGACAGCACCUGGAGCUGAGUCUGGACUCUCUCUACCCAAAGGACCUUCGUUCGGACAACCCUCAGGAUCUCCUUUCGGCCAACCUUCCGGCCCAUCAUCUUUCGGCAAAGCAGGCUCGGGAUCUGGUAUUAACCAGGGCCCUAGUCAAACUGGAUCUCAAGCUGGACCUUUCGGCUCAGCUGGUUUUGGUCAGCCUUCCAAUGGACAACAACAAGGAUCGGGUUCUCCUAGCGGUCUGUAUGGUGCCCCUGCUGCUGGUUCUGGAAGCCCAGCCCCUGGUCAGGGUCCUAGUGGAUUUGGCCAGCCUAGCAAUGGACAGCCUAAACAAGGAUUUGGUGCUCCUAGCUCUCAGUACGGCGCUCCUGCUGGUUCUGGAAGCUCAUCCCCUGGUCAGGGUCCCUUUGGAUUCGGUCAAGCUGGCAAUGGACAGCCUGAACAAGGAUUUGGUGCCCCUGGAUCUCAAUACGGUGCCCCUGCUGGUUCGGGUAGCCCCGCCGCUGGUCAGGGCCCUACCGGGUUAGGUCAAGCUCCCGGCUUCGGUAACCAGAUAUCUCAAGACGCUCCCUUCGCCGGCCAGCAGCAACCCCAACGCGCUCAAGCCUCCGCUGACAGUACCGCUGAAAUCCUGAAAUACGAAAACCAGAACGACGGUGAAACUUUUGCUUACAGCUUCGAAACUUCAAACGGCAUUUCUGCUGAAGAAUCUGGUGUAGCUACCAACGGUGUUCAGGCCCAGGGCGCUUUCUCUUACACUGGUGAUGAUGGACAGCAGUACAGCAUUACGUACACCGCUGACGAGAAUGGUUACCAGCCAAUGGGAGACCAUCUGCCUACUCCUCAUCCAAUCCCUGAAGAGAUCCUGAAAUCUAUAGAAGAAAACGCCAGGGCUGCUGCAGCUGGUACCCAAGAAGGAGCAUACAACCCUGACGAAGAUAACGCACCCGUGGAGAACUACGGCGCCGCUUCCCCAUCCUACCAGGGUCAAGGUCAAAGCCCGUCAUCUCAAUUCGGAGCCCCCACCGCUUCUGGGUCCCAGGACUUCCCAGGACAGCGCGGUCAGGCGCCUUCUACUAAAUACGGUCCUUCUGCUUCCGGAUCUGGGCCUUCUGGUCAGCCCAGUCAAGGCCCUACUUCUCAAUAUGGAGCUCCUAGUGCUUCGGGAUCUGCUGGUUUCGGACCUCAAGGUAGCCAAAGUCCUUCAUCUCAAUAUGGUGCCCCUGCCUCAGCUGGACCCCAGGGUUCUUCUUCUCGUCCUGGACAGUCGCCCUCUUCACUUUACGGUUCUCCAUCUACUGGUCCUUCUGGUUCUCAGCCAUCGGGUCCUCAAGGAUUCCAAAACCAAGGAAACCAGGGACCAUCAUCUCAGUUUGGUUCUCCGUCUUCAUCUGCUUCUGGUCCAUCAAGAGCUCAACUUCAAGGAUUCUCUCAGGGUGGACAAGACUCAGGCUACCAGUACAACGCUCCUGGAUCUCAACCUACUCAAAAAGAUACUUUCUCGCAAGGUCCCGCUAGCCAAUUCGGUGCUCCUACUCCGUUUGGUUCUUCCGGUCCUUCAAGACCUCAAGGUUUCCCUGCUCAGGGCAGCCAAUCUCCUGCUUCUCAAUAUGGUUCCCCUGCUGCUAAUGGUCCUUCUGGCCAAUCGCAAGGAUUCCCUUCUCAAGGCAGUCAGGCCCCUACCAACCAAUACGGUGCUCCUUCACCUUCUGCGCGUCCCUCUGGUCAAGGAUUCCCAUCUCAAGGAAGCCAGUCUCCAUCUUCCCAAUACGGUUCCCCAGCAGCUUCCUCGGGCCCCAGCUCACAAUCAGGACCCCAAGGCUUCCCAUCACAAGGUGGUCAAGGACCAGCGUCGCAGUUUGGUGGCCCAGCUCGUGGCUCCUCUGGCCUCAAUGGAUCUUCUCGCCCUGGACAACAGGGCUCGUCAACCCAAGCUCAAGAUGACUCCGGAUACCAAUACGACAGGCCUCAGACUCAGUUUGGAAAACCACAAUCAGGACCAUUCGGUCAGCAGCCUGCAGCUCAAGGAUCCAGCUUCUCAAGACCUGCAGGACAAGGAUUCGGACCAUCAAGCCCUGCUGGUCAAUCAGGAUCUAACGGAUACUCAGCGCAAGGAUCUGGCAAAGGCCCCGCAUCAGGAUUUGGCCCAACAUCUCAGUCUUCUGGUCCUUCCGGAUCUGGUGCUGCGGGUUACCCUAGAGGACCCACUGGAUCUUUAUCUGGAAACGCUCCCUCUAUAGUCGGACAAGGCCAGGGAAGCCAAGGUUCCCAAUACUCAAGGCCUAGCGGACCUGCUGGGCAAUACUCGCCAUCGGGCCCAGCCGGCUCAGCUAGACCUGCUUCCGGCUCAGGACCCAGCGGUCAAGGAAACUUCGGCCCUGCAUCCCAGCGCCAGCCUGCUGGACCAUCGUCUUCCAACGCUGAAUCUGGUUACGAAUACAACCGCCCCGGAUCUCAGGGACCUCAGUCGAGCUUUGGCCCUUCAGGACAGAACCGACCCGGACAAGCCGCUCCUCAGGGUUUCGGUCCUUCGGGGCAGAACAGACCGGGCCAGUCAGGUCCUCAGAGCUUCGGACCUUCUGGACAAGACAAACCCAGCGAAAACUUCGGCGGUCCCCGUCAACCCCCGAGCUACAGUGACGAAGACGGAUAUAAGUACUAAAACCAAGGAUAGACUAAUUUAAUGACAUAAGAAAAGAAGCAUUAGAUAAAAAGUAAAAAAAAAAUGUUACCUACGCGAUACGCUUAUAAAUAUUCUGUACAUAUUUAUAAAAAUGUAUAGAAUUUAAUGUGGAGUCACUAUGUGAUUGAUAAAAUAUGUAAAUUAAAUAAACGAUGCAAAGCUA